CACAAGGGUCAUGGACCGCCCCCACCGACUUUCUUACCUCCCGCUCGGCACGCUUGUUCUUGUUCCUGCAUCUCUCUGUGGGCCUCCACCCGAGUCAUACACCGUCCGCCCAGCCGCCAACCUCGUCGGUUGCGUCCGGUACUGCGGGCCGGCUCCAGACGGCUCCGGCAACGUUGUCGGUAUCGAGCUGGACGAGCCGCUCGGCACCACCGAUGGAUGCUUCGAUACUACUCGGCUGUUCGUCACUUCUACCCGUCCGCAUCACACUUCUGUCCGCAACGAGAACCAGCUCGCGACUGCCGACGGCAGUGACGGGUCGUCCAACUUUGACACCGUCGUCACCCGCUCGCGUGAGCCGUCACUCUCUGGUCGUGGCGCCGGCGCACCCAAGCACUUUUACGGUGUUUUCGCCCGGCCGUCACAAGUUGUCCCGAUUGCGGCCGCACCUGCCGACUCGUCACUGCCUCACGAUGAGUCACUUGAGCUUCCGAAUGCGUCUGCUGUGGCGCUACCCAUCCCCGACGAAACCGUGGCCGUCUACCGCCGCGAUCCCGAAAGGGCGCCUCUGCGCCUCGGCCGCCCGGCCCACUGGGAGCGCCGCGAGCCCAAAGCUGCCCUCAAGGUCGGCGUUCGGGUUGUCACUCGCGGUAAGCGUGGUGUCCUGCGCUUUGUCGGCCGCACCGCGUUUGCCCGCGGCGUUUGGUAUGGCGUCGAGCUCGAUGAGCCGCACGGCCGCAACGACGGCUCGGUCAAGGGCAAGUACUACUUUCUUUGCCCUCGCAAGCACGGCCUCUUUGUUAAGGCCUCCUCCAUCAUUACCGAGUUUGCGCACACAAAGCUGGCCAAAGUCCACAACCUCCUCUGCACCCUCCUCACCGAGCUCGGGCAGACGCCAGAGGAACGCGGCGUUGAGCGUGUUCUCUCGCCGACGUUGGUCACCAACGCUACACUCACCGACUACGAGCGCCUGCUGCGUUCUGUAGCCCGCGAGUGGCGCCUUGCACAGCUAUAGCUCACUAAUACCAGC